AUGAAGAUUCAAAGAACAAUCAGAAAGACAUUCGUAGUUGCAGUUCACAUUGCAGUAGCAAAGUGUGCCAUGUAUGGUGACUUUGACUACUUCAAUGGAGAUGGAUACAACAACGCAUGCGGAGGAUACGCAAGACCUCAGCAAACUCUUGAUGACGCAUACUACUAUGGCGACUAUGAAAGAGUAGGAGCAGACGCAGCACAGCUAGGAAUGGGCGGAUGUAAUGCAGGAGGAUGUGGAAUUAGCCAGGACACUCCAGCAAUUGGAUUUGGAGCUUACCCAGCUGAAGAGACAUUCCCAAUGCACCAAAACACAUAUGUAAACAACUCUUUCCCAGAGCAGGCAAUACAUAACCAGAUGGGAUACCAGCCAGAGAGAUACGACAUGUCCACUGCGUACUUCAACAAUGUAGAGAAUGUCAACUCAGGAUACGAAGGAUCCUUCUCACAGAACUUUGCACCGGUUGCCCCAGUUGCACAGAGCUUUGCUCCAGUUGCACAGACAGGCCAUGCCGCCACAUGCAUCCACAGUGCAGGUGUUAAUGCAGGUGUUAGUGCAGAGGAGACUGAGCCCAUCACAAUCCUUCUUAACGGAAGUGUGCCAGUAAACAUGCAGCCAACAACCAUCACUCUUGGCGACCAGACAUACCCACUUUCAAACCCACCAGCAAUCUCUGCCUCAGUCUCUCAGCUAGGACUUGGUGCAGCCAGCAUCCAGGACCUUGACCUUACCUCGGCAACAAUUGUUCCACUGCCAAGCCUGUCCAAGGAGGAGGCAGAAGCAGCCGCAGCAGCAACAGCAGCUGGAAUAACAGUUGCUCAGCUAAAGAAGGACCAGAAAGACCAGGAUGCUCCAUGCAAGACCAAGAAGUCUGGAAAGAAGAGCAAGAAGUCUGGAAAGAAAGGAGCCGCAAGUGCAGCAGCCCUUAAGAAGAAGAACGGUGUAGCUGGUGUAUCUACAGUUGUAGCCAUCGCAGUUCUUCCAAUCAUUGCAUUGCUCAUGUAG